GAAUAUAGAAACGAUAGUUGACAAUGAUAUUAUCACAAACAAAUGAAUAAAAUAUUCAAAGCGACUCGAACCGACUCAACGUCUCAACGUCAGCAGUGAGAUGACGCGGAUUGUCAUGGAACUACAUGUCAUAUUCAUUCAUUAUAAAGGAGGUGGAGCAGAAAAAGGAAAAGAAGAAAAGAGCAGAGAAAGAGAGAGGGAGUAUUUGGAAGGUGUAGCAAACCGCAGUAACCAUGCAGCAGUCGACCAUGCCGUCUUCCGUAGCGCAUCAACAUCAACCAAUUCGCGCAUCUGCCGUACACCCGCACAAAAGGAAGCUGACCGAGCGGGAGAUACAAGAGUUACACCAGGAACUGGAGAUCGACGACCACAUAAUAGCUUUGGAGACUCUGCACGCGAGGUUGGGCACAAACCCGAAAAUGGGCCUGACGAGAGAGCAAGCGCGCAAAAUUAUGGAGCGAGACGGACCGAACGCCCUGUCACCGCCUAAAGUCACGCCAGAAUACAUCAAGUUUUUCAAGUGCAUGUUCCAUGGAUUCGCCUCGCUGCUCUGGGUCUGCGCGAUUCUAUGCUUCGUCUUAUAUGGCGUCACUCAUUUAACGCACGAGGUCGACGUCGGCAUCGCUUGGCUAGGCAUAAUCAUCGUUAUGAUAUGCAUCACCUCCGGUGUGUUCGCAUAUAUACAGGAGAGCAAGAACAUCAAAGUAAUGGAGUCGUUCAAGAAGAUGGUGCCGACCUUUGCGACCGUGAUCCGCGACGGGGUGAAACUGCGGCUGGCCACGGAGGAGUUGGUCUUGGGCGAUCUGGUGGAGAUCCGCAUGGGAGACAAGAUACCGGCCGACAUCAGGAUAAUCGAGUGCCGCGGGCUCAGGGUCGAGAACUCGAGCAUCACCGGCGAGAGUGAGCCAGUGGCACGCACCGAUUAUCCCACCGAUAGAAAUCCUCUCGAGUCCGCCAAUCUGGCCUUUUCCACGUCGUUCGCUGUAGCAGGUGACGGCAGAGGGAUCGUAAUCGCGACGGGCGAUCGCACCAUGAUAGGUCGUCUGGCCGGUUUAACGUCACAACUCGCUAAAAUCGAGACGCCGAUUGCCAAGGAGAUCAGACAUUUCGUCGAGAUAAUCACGAUCGUGGCCAUUCUAUGCGGUCUGGUAUUUUUCGGUCUCUCGUUGCUGCUCGAGCCCAAUAUCGUACGGGCGUUCACCUAUCUGCUCGGCAUAGUUAUCGCCAAUGUACCGGAGGUACUGUUGGUGACCGUGACGACGGUGUUGACGCUGACCGCUCAAAAAAUGGCGAGCAAGAACUGCCUGGUGAAGAACUUGGAAGCGGUCGAGACCCUAGGCUCUACCUCAGCGAUCUGCUCCGACAAGACGGGCACGCUCACGCAGAACAAGAUGUCCGUGUCUAAUCUCUGGUUCGGCCACACCAGGUACAAUUUUCCGCCGGGCGAGAGAAUCGGCGCCGAGAGAGAUCUGCUGUUCGAGAAGCCGGCCUUCGGCGCGAUGCUACGAGCCGCGACCCUCUGUCUGCGCGCUGAAUUCACCGCAGAGUCCUUCAUGCUGGCACCGAUCGAGGAGCGCGAGAUUAUCGGUGACGCGUCCGAGACAGGUAUCCUCAAGUUCUGCGAGCACAUCCAUUCAACGCAGAGGUAUCGCGAGGCUUGUCCCAAAGUCGCCGAGAUUCCCUUUAGCUCCACGACCAAGUAUCAGAUGUCGAUACACCGUGACGCGCCCCGGGACGGCGGCUACACAAUGAUCCUGAAGGGCGCGCCGGAAGUGAUUCUCGACAAUUGCACGACGAUUCUGAUGGCGAGCGGGGAGACGAAGGAGAUGACCGCCGACGAUCACGUGCUAUCUCGCCGAGCCUGCACCGAGUUGGGCUAUCUCGGCGAACGUGUCCUCGCGUACUGCGAUCUUCAACUGCCCGCGAGUACGUACGGGCCAACGUACAAGUUCGACACGGAUUCGCCCGAGUCCUAUAACUUUCCCGUCAAGGGAUACAGAUUCGUCGGGCUAAUAAGCUUGCAGGAUCCUCCGAGGCCUGGCGUACCCGAGGCGGUACAAAAGUGUCGUACCGCCGGUAUCAAGGUGAUUAUGGUGACGGGCGAUCAUCCAGUGACGGCGAUGGCGAUCGCCAAGAAGGUGGGUAUUAUAAGCGAAGGUCACGAGACUCAUUACGAGCGAGCGAUUCUGCAGAACAAGUCUUACUCGCAAGUGAGCGACUCGCUGCAAGUGGCCGCCGUCGACGCGACAGAUGCUGGUGGUGCCGCGAUCGUAAUCACCGGUGCUGAAUUGAGGAACAUGGACGCAGACGAGCUGGACAACAUUAUACGAUGUUACGAGGAGAUUGUGUUCGCUAGGACGUCGCCGCAGCAAAAGCUACUAAUCGUCGAGAGCUGCCAACGGCUGGGAGAGAUCGUUGCGGUUACCGGCGACGGAGUCAACGAUUCACCGGCGCUGCGCAAGGCCGACAUAGGAGUAGCGAUGGGGAUCGCUGGCUCUGACGUUGCUAAAAAUGCCGCGGACAUGAUACUCAUGGAUGACAAUUUCGCGUCGAUCGUUACCGGCGUGGAGGAAGGCCGCUUGAUAUUUGACAAUUUGAAGAAAUCGAUCGCGUACACGUUAACGUCAAGCGUGCCAGAGAUGUUGCCAAUGUUGAGCGGUUUGUUGUUCGCGAUUCCCCUACCGCUGGUCAUCGAACUGGUCAUCUGCAUAGACGUCGGCACCGACCUGGUCCCCGCGAUCGCUCUGGCCUACGAAAAGGCCGAGUCCGACAUAAUGCGCCGGGCACCGAGAAAUCCUCAGUACGACAAACUGGUCAACAAGCGUUUGAUAUCCAUCACCUACGGCCAGAUAGGUAUGACGCAGUCAUUGGCCGGAUUUUACACUUACUUCAUGGUGCUCAUGAUGAAUGGCUUUAUGCCUGAUCGUCUGUUGGGCUUACGAAUAGAAUGGGAAAAUCCAUCGAUAAACGAUCUACAAGAUUCCUGGGGCCAGACGUGGACCUACGAAAACAGAAUGAAUCUCUUGAUGGAGGCGCAAAGCGGAUAUUUUCUUUCCAUCGUUAUAACGCAAAUGAUAGAUCUGGUCAUGUGCAAGACCAGGCGCAAUUCUAUCUUUCAACAAGGAAUGUCCAACUGGUUUGUUAAUUUUUCCUUUGUUUUCGAAGUUAUUUUAACGGGGAUGUUGCUCUACGUUCCAGGCACAGAAUACGUAUUGAAGACUAUGCCACUGAUGGCUUACUGGUACUGGCCCUGCUUGCCGCUCGGUGUAUUUCUUUGGGUCUACGACGAAUUGAGACGUUUGUGUAUUCGUCUCUUUCCAGGUGGAAUUAUGGAAAGAGAAACAUACUAUUAAAACUCUUCUUCCUUCCAUUUCCCCACGAUCCCUCACGAGAUAGUUAAAUAAAGCGCACAAGCCGACAUCGAUGCAGCGAUCUUUACGUGUGUCGUUUACAAUCAAAUCAAUUAGAUGUAACCGUUAUUAUAACAGUUUUUUAUUAUCAAUUGGAAAAAUAAUCGUUACCAUGAUUGAAUAAUCGUUAUCCUGUCCACGAGAUCUCGUGUUUCUCUCUUUUUCUCUUUUUAUUUAUAUAUCAAUAGUAAAAAUUAGACUUACAGCACA